UUUUCUUAAUAAAGCUUCCGCCGCCGCCGCCAACCGAGCCGCUCCGAUCCUCCCCCCCUCGACUCGGCCGCGGGCGUACGUAGAGGGGGACCGACCAGAUGGUGGCGGCGUCGCGCCUCCUCGCGCGGGCGUCGAGGCAAUGCGUCGCCGCGGUGGCGGCGUCGGCCGCGAGGCGGCGGCGGUGCCCGGCGGCGGCGCUGUCGCUGCCCGUGGUGACCGCGGCGAAGGCGGCGGCUGCGGAGCCGUGGCUCGGGGUCCCAUAUAUGUUGAAUCAGCCCUUGAGAUACUCAACCACCAUUUUUCAACGUUUUGGAUUUUCAUCCACUUCCCCGGAACUAAGUGAUAAGGAGGAAAACCAACGCAAGGACCAGGAGAAUUCCACAAAUGUGUCAAAUGAAGGCACUGAAGACGUUGAUUUGUCAAAGGAGGAUCUGGUGCAGCUAGUUCUUGAGAAGGAUGGAUUGUUGAAGUCAAAAGAUGAAGAAAUCAAUGAUAUGAAGGACAAGGUUUUGCGAAGUUAUGCAGAAAUGGAAAAUGUCAUAGCUAGGACAAAGCGUGAAUCUGAGAACUCAAAAAAGUAUGCUGUGCAGAAUUUCUCCAAGAGCCUGUUAGAUGUCGCUGACAAUUUGACUAGAGCAUCAUCUGUUGUUAAGGAAAGCUUCUCAAAAAUAGAUACAUCUAAAGAUUCUACUGGAGCUGUUCCACUACUAAAAACACUGUUGGAGGGUGUGGACAUGACAGAUAAACAACUUGGUGAGGUUUUUAAGAAGUUUGGAGUUGAAAAGUUUGAUCCUUUGAAUGAGAAAUUUGAUCCUAGUAGACAUUGUGCAAUCUUUCAAAUUCCUGACCCCUCGAAACCUUCAGGAACUGUAGCUUCUGUUGUAAAGGUGGGCUACAUGCUACAUGACCGUGUUCUGCGCCCUGCAGAAGUCGGUGUUACAGAGGGAGGCCCCACGACCACGGAGGAGGCAGCAGAAAAUUCUGAGCAGAAAUCGAGUGAGGUUUAAGUUUGCUGCUGUUACUUCACUUAACGAGAUAGUUGGAACGAUGUCCCAUUUUGGUCCUGGAGAUGAGGAUGAGCCAUGUAAGAUAAGAGGAGCGUUAUUUUUUGUUCUAACCAGCACAAGCUAUUGCACUGUAAGCAAUGACAAUUGUGUUUUUGCAAGUGAUGCUGCAGCAAAGUGUUUUUUUUUAACUUGUAUAUGCAAGUGCGUAUUUGUAUUUCGACGUCAUGUCAGCUACAGCAGAGCAUGCUUGCUUAAACGGAACAUUUAUUACAACCUACUCCCUCCCUCUAAUAAAAAAACUUCUUACUACGAA